UUCCAAAUUUUCAUUCGCUUCUAAACUAAAAACCCUAACAUUCAUUCAUUUUCUUUGCGGAGAAACCAAAUCAAUUCAUCAAUGGCGUCGUUUGAACUAGCACCUCCCGGUGAUGCCAAAUCCGGAGAUAAAAUCUUUCGAACCAAAUGCGCUCAGUGCCACACUGUCGAUAAGGGCGCUGGUCACAAACAAGGACCCAAUCUGAAUGGUUUGUUUGGAAGGCAAUCAGGCACUACUCCCGGAUAUUCCUACUCAGCAGCUAACAAGAACAUGGCUGUGAAUUGGGAGGAGAAGACUUUAUAUGAUUAUUUGCUUAACCCCAAAAAGUAUAUUCCAGGGACCAAGAUGGUAUUUCCCGGUCUAAAGAAACCCCAAGAACGCGCUGAUCUUAUUGCAUAUCUGAAGGAAGCCACUGCACAGUGAUUAUAUAUUUUCAUACAUUCAUUUUGACAGUGUGAUUUUGAAGUUCUGGAGGUUUAACUUCAGACAUUUAGUUAUGCUGAGCAGUUAACACUGUAUCUUUGGCAAAUAAAGUAGGCUACAUUGGUUUGCAAUGCUAUUUUGUUCAUUUUGCAUUGCUUCUCAAAAAGCUGCCAAAUAUUGGUUGCUCAAACAAAUUAUUUAUAAAGAGUUGGAAACAUUCUUAUCAGAAUUUGGUUAAUUGGAAGCAUAAUUUAAUUAUUUGCUUGGCUUCUUCA